GUUAGGGUUUAUAGCGAUGGAGGGAGGAAGCACGCGCAUGGGCAGCAGAUCCUCGACGCGGCACGGCCCCGGAUCGGUAGUGUUCCAGGGCCCGGUGAGGAAAUGGCGCAAGUCCUGGGCGCCGAUCGUCACUACCUCGGCGACGCAUGCGAGCUCCAGGGUCCUGCUCUACAAAUGGAGCCCGAUCUCAGUGAGCAAAGACGAUGCCGCGGAGGAGCAGCUAAACUCUCCAGCAAUUCGAUUUGUUCCUGUCUCCGUGAUCCUCGCAAGAAAAAUGGAAGAAGAGAAGCAAGAACGAGAACAAGAGCUGGAAGAAGACGAUGACGCUGGCGGCCAAGCCGACAUGGACGAAGACAAAGAUAUAUCCUCCUAGUUUUAAAGGAUGUAUGUACAUAGUUUUUGAGACUAGAUAAGGGGCGAAUAUCCUCCUCCUCUCUUGUUUGAGUACCAGGGUUUUUAGUGUUUCUCGGGGUUUUCUCGAGCGCAAUGGGGCGCAGCCGGAGCCGGAGCUACAGCCCAAGAAGCCGCAGCCCUGGGCCGCGGCGACGGAGGUAUGCCGAUGAUCCUCCAAUGCGGCGCGGCGAUCGCGAGUGGCGCCGCUCUCCUCCUUGCAGCUUGCUCGUCCGAAACAUCCCGCGCGAGGCCAGGCCCGAAGAAGUUCGUGUGCCAUUCGAGAAGUUUGGGCCUGUCAAGGACGUCUAUCUCCCGAAAGAUUAUUAUUCCGGGGAACCUCGUGGUUUUGGUUUUGUCCAGUUCAUAGAGCCGGGCGAUGCAGCGGACGCUAAGUUUAAUAUGGAUCACCAGUUGUUAGGCGGACGAGAAAUUACUGUUGUUUUCGCCGAGGAAAACAGAAAAAAACCGUCUGAGAUGCGGAUAAAGACAAGUCGGAGUGGGAGCUGGAGCUCUGGUCGUUAUGGUGGAGGUUAUCGCAGAAGCCCGCCUAGAUCUCCUCGGCGUUACAGAUCUCGCUCGAGGUCUCGGUCGCCUCGGCCUCGAAGGUAUCACUCGUCCAGGGAUGCUCACGAACGAUACGGAAGGUCCCCGAGCCCUCACCACCACCACCACCAGAACAAUAUCCGUUCUCCCUCGCCCAGGAGAGAAACGCGGUCUCGGCAUCGGCCAUCACCGGGAAUCUCUGACCGUGGUCCAAGUCCUAGUCCACAAGGCAACGGGCAUGGUUCUCGAAGGUCCUUAAGUCGAAGCCCGUCCCCGGUUAUGGCUGCAAGACGGUACUCACGCUCUUUUUCAAGGGACUAAUGCGAGGGCUCAACUAAACGGCACCUUUAUGUACUAUCUGUGGCAGCACCACACGGGAUUUACUUUGGCUUGGUGAUUUUUAUUGAUAUUCUUGUCUUAGACUGAUUUUGGAUGUAAUUUCUUCUCAGGAAAGAGUAUUUUCCAACC